UCUCUCUCUCUAGGUUGCUGGUGAUGCUGCCUCUGCUGCUAGUCGCGGCGACAACACCGGCUGUGUUCCCUGCUGCUGGCGAAUGAUGAAUACAGGAGGCGAGCGCCUCUGAGGCAGUUCCUCUGCGGCGAGAGGGUCGCGGGCUCUGGCAGGCAGGCAGGCUGCUCCCUCUCCCUCUCUCCCUCUCCGAAGAAGGCGCGUCCGGCUUCCCGGUUAGCUGUGUGCGCGCCCUACGCCGGGAGCCUAGCUCGAACCAGAGCCCCAGCUCGGGGGCUGCCAAAGGAAGGGCUCCGCUGCAGUGGCGCCAGCCCGGGCCGCGGGAGAAGCCGCCGUUCCCGCGCCCACUCCUCCCCGAAGGGUAGGCUUCUCGCCGCCUGGUUGCUCAGAGAGAGCCAAAGUCCCGGGGACUUCUCUUGGUCAGUAGUCAGACGAGGAGGCGGCAGCCAGAAGGAGGUCAGCUGUUGCCCCCACGGUGAACGAGUCUGUCCGCUUGACCCGCCGUGGGCAGAAGGGGAUCGAGGCAAAGAGGAGAAGGCAGCAGCUCGUUGGCAUCUAGCGCCGGGGACUGCCGGGGAGCCUGGACGAAACAGGAUGGUUGGGCUGCUCCGACUCCGAGCCGGCUGCAGGGCAGCUCUUUUCCUGUGGAUUUUCAGCAACAUCAGCUGCAGAGCCCGGACAGCCCUCUCGCCCUCCCACAAAUGUGAUGAACCACUGGUCUCAAGUCUUCCCCCCUCCUUCUUCAGCAGUUCGUCAUCAAUGCCAUCUACAUCAAAUAGCUAUGCACCAGGAUUUGCAAAGCUAAACAAGAGAGGAGGGGCUGGAGGUUGGUGUCCAUCAGUCAGUGACCAUUAUCAAUGGCUGCAAAUGGAUUUUGGCAGCAGGAAACAGAUCAGCUGCAUUGCUACUCAAGGCAGAUACAGCAGCUCUGACUGGGUAACACAGUACCGGAUGCUAUACAGUGAUACAGGGAGAAACUGGAAGCCAUAUCACCAAGAUGGAAAUGUUUGGGCAUUUGCUGGAAAUAUAAAUUCGGAUACUGUGGUGCGGCAUGAUUUACAGCAUCCAGUUGUUGCUCGCUAUGUUCGGAUAGUUCCUCUGGAUUGGAGUGAAGAAGGUCAGAUUGGGCUGAGGAUUGAGAUCUAUGGCUGCUCUUAUUGGGCCGAUAUUAUCAGUUUUGAUGGCCAGGGUGUGCUGGCAUAUAGAUUUGCACACAAGAAGAAAACAAUGAGAACACUGAAAGAUGUCAUCGCACUGAAAUUUAAAACCUCUGAAAGCGAAGGUGUAAUUUUCCAUGGAGAAGGCCUGCAAGGAGACUACAUCACCCUGGAACUGAAAAAGGCCAAGUUGGUUCUUAGUUUAAAUUUAGGUAGCAACCAGUAUGGUUCAAUUUAUGGUCACACAUCUGUUACAACCGGUAGCCUCCUGGAUGAUCACCAUUGGCAUUCUGUAGUAAUAGAGCGUCAUGGGAGGAACAUCAACCUUACUCUUGACAGACAUAUACAAAAUUUCCGGAUCAGUGGGGAAUUUGAUUAUUUGGAUCUGGACUAUGAGAUAACGUUUGGUGGUAUGCCUUCUUCUGGGAAGCCAAGUUCAAACACACGAAAGAAUUUUAAAGGCUGUAUGGAGAGCAUAUUCUACAACCUCAGUAAUAUCACAGAUCUAGCCAGGAGGAAGAAACUUGAGUUUUCUGGUGUGGAACAGCAUCGGAAUGAGAGAUAUGAUAGCAGAGAAAAAACAGACAGCCUGCAUCAAAGGCACCGGGACGGCUUGAGGCAGAAGACAGAUUACAACACACAGCACAAGAAAACAGCUCUUAGGAGGGGAGAUCAGAAUAGCCGCACCAUGACCGUGAGAGGCUGCUUCAGCUGUGGAUCUGAGCAACAUCUUCUCAGAGACUGUGAAAAAGCCAGCAACAGAUGCAGUCAAGAAGCCAGAAGUGAAAAGCAAAAGGGGAGGAUUUCUCUUGUUCAGUCAACAAGGGAUAAAUCCAAGGACACUCUGCAAGCUUGCCAGCAAGCUUGCUGGAUCAUUGAUAGUGGUGCAGUUGUAAACUUAACUAAUGAGAAAGAUUUAUUUUCUUCUUUAGGUGCAUCGGAGCAACGAAGUGUGAGCCUGGCCAAUGGACAUAAAUUAAAAGUUGCUGCUGAAGGCACAGUCUUUAUACCAGGUUUGGGACAGAAACUUGAAAGUGUACUUUAUGUUCCACAGCUAGAUUGCAAUUUACUGAGUGUAUCUGCAUUAGAUAAGCAGGCUAUGUGA